CAGCAAAAACAUUAAGAAAAGGGGAAGGAGAGUCGUUGAGGUAGUUUAUUUGAGAGGGGAUUCAAUCAGAUCAUGAUGUUAAAAUUAAGUCUCCAGCUUCUCCAGCUUCUCCUGCUCCCUCACUCGGCCUACUCGGUGCUUCUGGGAUGGGUGGAGUCUCCAGAUUAUCCCAGUGGAUACUCGCCCCAUGCCAGUCUCAACUGGAGCAGGUGUGCCACCAAAGGUCACACUCUCUCCAUCAGGCUCAUCCACCUGGACCUGGAGGACAGCCAAGACUGUGAAAACGAUGCCGUGAAGAUCUAUUCAAAUGGAAACCUCAUUUCUGUUCUGUGUGGCAAAAGAGAAUUUGAGGAGCUUCAAGCCACAGUAAAUCCCUCGCUACGCUCCUCCCCAGGUGGCUGCCUCUCUUUGUCGUUUCACUCAGACUACUCAAACACCAAGAGACACACCGGCUUCAGAGGCUUUUAUACUUUGCAAGACUUUGACGAAUGCCAGGACGACCCAGACAAUGGAUGCACCCAAUUCUGUCACAACUUCAUCGGAGGGUACCGCUGCUCCUGUCGCCAUAGUUACCAUCUGGACACAGACAAACACACUUGCACGGUGAAUUGUAAUGAGGAUCUGUCAGGGCUGAACAGUGGUCAAAUAUCGAGUCCCUCCUGGCCCAGUUCAUAUGCAGAGAACGCCAACUGCAAUUACACCCUGUCUGUGGACGUACACCUUCAGCUGGAACUGCACUUCUCUGACGAUUUUGACGUGGAGCAAAGCCCUGAUGGCCAAUGUAUAGAUGGACUGAGGGUUGAAACUCCAUCUGGGACUCUGGGGCCAUUCUGUGGCAACACUCCUCCCCCAUCUCCCCUCCUCACUCACUCAAAUGAAGUCCAAAUUCACUUCACCUCUGAUAGCUUUGGCACCAACAAAGGCUUCAGCCUCCACUUCAAGACCAGAGACAAGAUCUGUCCAGUGGUGGUAACCCCACACUCCAAUGUGACCCCCGAGCAACCAGAAUAUCAUCAAGGUCAAACAGUGACAGUAACUUGUGAUGCUGGCCGUGAAGCGAGCAUUCAAAACUCCGAGAUUGUGUCACAGUAUGUGACAACAUGCCAGAGUACAGGCAUAUGGACUUCCAAUUACAUCUGUGAACCGGUGGAUUGUGGUUUUCCUGAUAUCCCAGAAGAUAGCAUCCUUAAGGUGGUGGGCUCGAAUAGCCAACGCACUCAGUAUAAUGACCAGAUCCAGUUUACCUGCAUUUCAAAGUACUACACACUGGAAGGAGAUGAUACAUACAUUUGCAGUGCCAGAGGUGUAUGGGAAUCAAGUGGUGGCAACACAGAGAUGCCAAAAUGCACUGAAGUGUGUGGGAUGCCUGAAAAAGAACCUCAAAUUACAGCUAGAAUUUUGGGGGGUAAGGUGGCAAACCUUGGAGAAAUACCCUGGCACCUUUUGAUAAAAUAUCCCAGCAGAGGAGGAGCGUCACUGAUCAAUGACCGCUGGGCUGUGACAGCGGCUCAUGUAGUGGAGAAUAUACCGGAAACCACUUUGCAGCUGUAUGGUGGACUGGUAGAUGGAAGAGCAAUGUUGUCUAACACAGAGUUUUAUGACAAGGACAAUGUAGUUGACAUUACCAGUGAGAAGAUCAUAAUCCAUCCCGGCUAUGCAAGAAAUGCCCGUACUAAUUUUGACAAUGAUAUUGCUCUCAUCAGAUUCGCUACCAGGGUGAAUCUUGGCCCAAACCUCCUUCCCAUUUGUCUGCCAGAGGGCAACGAAGACUUGGUUGAGAAUGAACAAGGCACAGUGUCAGGCUUUGGAGUAACAGACCGGGGUAGACAUUCUGCUAAGUUAAGAUACGCUAGUAUCGGGGUGUUCUCCACUAAAGAGUGUCAGAACACACCUCCUUUCCCUAAAAACCCUAACAACCCCAUGAUUUUCACUGAUAACAUGUUCUGUGCUGGAGCGGAUGGGAGGGACAGCUGCGAGAAAGACAGCGGAGGUCCGUUUGUUUUGCCCAUGUUGACUGGAGGCAGUGGGCCUUUUCGUCUGGGUGGCAUUGUGUCCUGGGGAUCACCAUGUCGGGAGAGGAGGUUCAAAGGUUAUUAUACCAAAGUGAAGAAUUAUGUUCAGUGGAUUAAAAACACAAUAGAUGCAACAGAAAAAUCUCUGAAACAGGGAAAGUGAGGGAGAAAAUUAUUUUGCUACUAAGCUGUAAUCCAUUUUGGUUCUGAUUCAGAUCUCUGAAAUAAAAAAAAUGUUAUGACAAUGAAGACUAUAAUCUUGUAAUCAAAUGUACUCUCAUAAUAAUACAAGCUUUGAUCACAUAAUUGAUUUUUAUAUUAAAGGAAAUGUCUGCAAAUCAACUGAAAAGAAUGUUUGUUUUGGAUUAAUUUAACAAUACUGUAUUUUUGUCUUUUUAACAUUCACAAUAUGUUUUUUUUUCUUUCAGGCCCUCUACACAGUGAAAUACUUAACUCUUGCAUAAUGUAUACAAAGUUACUUGCUCGGCUACACUAACCACCCGAUCAGAACGUGAAUCCUAAAUAGACCAGGGCAAAAAUGCUGGCAUGUGGGAAUAAGAGAUUUUAAGUGUCUUUACUAAACUGUAAAAUGUAUGCAAAAUCACAAAAUAAAUGAUCAAAAUGA